UCCGUCUUUGAACGUUCCACAAUGUGCCGGCUACUUUCCUCUGAGCGCCUCUAGGAGGCUCUGUACUGCCGUCAACGUUCGCGUAUUGGCGCCAUUUUGGAGGCAGGAGGGGACAAGCGCUGCAGAGAGGACACUGUUCAUCACAAUUCAUCACAAACAGGUAGUGAAGAGCUACAGAGGAUGGCUCACUCUAAAGCUCGAGCCACGGACGGGAAGGUCACCUACCCCCCGGGGAUCAAGGAGAUCGCGGACAAGAUCUCCAAGGAGGAAAUGGUCCGCAGGCUCAAGAUGGUGGUGAAGACCUUCAUGGACAUGGACCAGGACUCCGAGGAGGAGAAGGAGCUCUACCUGAACCUGGCUCUCCACCUGGCCUCAGACUUCUUCCUAAAGCAUCCCGACAAAGACGUGCGCCUGCUGGUGGCGUGCUGCCUGGCCGACAUAUUCCGGAUUUACGCUCCAGAAGCGCCGUACACCUCCCCCGAUAAGCUCAAGGAUAUUUUCAUGUUUAUCACCAGACAGCUAAAAGGUCUGGAGGACACAAAAAGCGCACAGUUCAACAGAUACUUCUACCUGCUAGAGAACAUUGCCUGGGUAAAGUCCUACAACAUCUGCUUCGAGCUUGAAGACAGCAACGAGAUCUUCACCCAACUUUAUAGAACCCUCUUCCAGGUCAUCAACAAUGGCCACAACCAGAAGGUGCACAUGCACAUGGUGGACCUGAUGAGCUCCAUCGUCUGCGAGGGGGACACCGUUUCCCAGGAGCUGCUGGACACUGUCCUGGUCAACUUGGUGCCCGCACACAAGAAUUUGAACAAGCAAGCAUACGACCUGGCCAAAGCUCUGCUGAAGAGGACCGCUCAGGCGAUUGAACCUUACAUCACCAACUUCUUCAACCAGGUCCUGAUGCUGGGGAAGACGUCAGUCAGCGACCUCUCCGAGCACGUCUUCGACCUUAUCCUGGAGCUCUACAACAUCGACAGUCACCUGCUGCUCUCCGUGCUGCCUCAGCUGGAGUUCAAGCUCAAGAGUAACGAUAAUGACGAGAGGCUGCAAGUCGUCAAGCUGCUGGCUAAGAUGUUUGGAGCCAAGGACUCCGAGUUGGCGGCGCAGAAUAAACCGCUGUGGCACUGCUACCUGGGCAGGUUUAACGACAUCCACGUUCCCAUCAGACUGGAGUGUGUCAAGUUUGCUAGCCACUGUCUCAUGAAUCAUCCAGACCUGGCCAAAGACCUUACAGAAUACCUAAGGGUCAGGUCACAUGACCCAGAGGAGGCCAUUCGCCACGAUGUCAUUGUUUCUAUUGUCACCGCCGCCAAGAAGGACUUGUCUCUCGUCAAUGACGCCUUGCUCAAUUUUGUCAAAGAGCGAACGUUGGACAAGAGAUGGCGUGUGCGUAAGGAGGCCAUGAUGGGGCUGGCAUCCAUCUACAGGAAGUACUCGCUGCAGGGCGAGGGAGGGCGUGAGGCGUCCAAGCAGAUUUCAUGGAUCAAAGAUAAGCUACUGCACAUCUACUACCAGAACAGUAUUGACGACAGGCUGCUGGUGGAGCGGGUGUUUGCCCAGUAUAUGGUUCCUCACAACCUGGAGACGGCAGAGAGGAUGAAGUGUCUCUACUACCUCUAUGCCACCUUGGAUACAAACGCUGUCAAAGCUCUCAAUGAGAUGUGGAAGUGUCAAAAUCUGCUGAGGCAUCAUGUCAAAGAUCUGCUGGACCUCGUCAAAAAACCCAAGUCUGAAUCAUCCAGCAAGGCCGUUUUUGCCAAAGUCAUGGUCAUCACAAGGAACCUCCCAGACCCAGGGAAGGCCCAGGACUUUGUCAAGAAGUUGGCUCAGGUCCUGGAGGAUGAUGAGAGAAUCAGAGACCAGCUGGAGACUUUGGUCAGCCCCUCAUGCUCCUGUAAGCAGGCGGAGGUUUGCGUGCGAGACAUCACUAAAAAGCUUGGCAGCCCCAAACAGCCCAGCAAUCCCUUCUUGGAGAUGGUCAAGUUCCUACUGGAGAGAAUCGCUCCUGUACACAUCGACACUGAGUCCAUCAGUGCUCUGAUAAAACAGGUGAACAAAUCCAUUGAAGGAACAGCUGACGACGACGACGAGGGCGUUCCAACGGACAGUGCCAUCAGGGCCGGACUGGAACUGCUGAAGGUGUUGUCCUUCACACACCCGGUGUCCUUCCACUCUGCCGAGACAUUCGAGUCUCUGCUGGGCUGCUUGAAGAUGGAUGACGAGAAGGUGGCCGAGGCUGCCCUGCAGAUCUUCAAGAACACGGGGAGCAAGAUGGAGGAGAGUUUCCCUCACAUCAAAUCUGUUUUGCUGCCAGUACUGCAGGCCAAAGCCAAGCGUGGCCCUCCUCGUCAGGCCAAGUACUCCAUCCAUUGCAUCAACGCUAUGUUCACCAACAGAGACACACACUUUGCUCAGAUCUUUGAGCCUCUACACAAAGGUCUGGACCCGGCCAAUCUGGAGCAGCUCAUCACCCCUCUGACCACCUUAGGUCACUUGGCCCAGCUGGCCCCAGAACAGUUUGCUGCUCCUCUCAAGUCGCUGGUGGCCAACUUCAUAGUGAAAGAUCUGCUCAUGAACGACAGGAUGCCAGGCAAGAAGACGACCAAACUUUGGGUUCCUGAUGACGAAGUUUCUCCUGAGACCAUGGCAAAGAUCCAGGGCAUCAAGCUGAUGGUGAGGUGGUUGCUAGGAGUGAAGAACAACCAGAGCAAGUCAGGCAACUCCACGCUCCGCAUGUUGACCGCUAUUCUGCACAGUGAUGGAGAUCUCACUGAGCAAGGCAGGAUGGGCAAACCAGACAUGUCCAGGUUACGACUAGCGGCCGCCUGCGCCCUCUUGAAGCUGGCCCAGGAGCCGUGUUAUCAUAAAAUAAUCACACUGGAGCAGUAUCAGCUGUGCGCGCUCGUCAUCAACGACGAGUGUUACCAGGUGCGUCAGUGUUUCUCCCAGAAGCUCCAUCGGGGCCUUUGCCGCCUGCGCCUGCCUCUGGAAUACAUGGCCGUAUUCGCUCUGUGCGCCAAGGACCCGGUCAAAGAGAGGCGAGCACAUGCGCGGCAGUGCUUGGUGAAGAAUGUCAACAUACGGCGCGAGUACCUCAAGCAGCACGCCGCCAUCAGUGACAAGCUGUUCUCACUGCUGCCGGAGUACGUGGUGCCCUACGCCAUCCACCUGCUGGCACAUGACCCCGACUACGUCAAAGUGCAGGACAUCGACCAGCUCAAGGACAUCAAAGAAGCUCUUUGGUUCGUCCUGGAGAUCAUCAUGGCCAAGAAUGAGAACAACAGCCACGCCUUCAUCAGGAAAAUGGUGGAGAACAUAAAACAGACGAAAGACGCUCAGGCACCCGGCGACACCAAAACCAACGAGAAACUGUACACAGUGUGUGACGUCGCCAUGCACAUCAUCAUGUCCAAGAGCACCACCUACAGCCUGGAGUCCCCCAAAGACCCCGUGCUGCCCUCCACCUUCUUCACCAAGCCUGACAAGAAUUUCAGCAACACAAAAAAUUAUCUUCCGCCCGAGAUGAAGUCCUUCUUUGUGCCAGGAAAGCCCAAGUCAGCCAACGUCCUGGGGGCCGUCAACAAGCCGCUGGCAUCCGCCGGCAAGCAGAUCCAGAGCAAAGCUUCCCGCAUGGAGACGGCCAGCAACGACGACUCCUCGUCCAACCCCGGCUCUCCGCAGCGUGGCAAGACCAGGCUCGACAGCACAGAAAUGGACCACAGUGAAAACGAAGACUUCAGCAGGAAGCGAGCAGACAGCACAGACAAGGAGAGCGAAAAGCCUCGAGGACGUAAACGCGGCAUCACAGCGAGUGACGACACGGACAACAAGCCCAAACGCGGCCGUAAGAAGGCGGCGGCUGCCAACACCACCGCAGAGUCCGAGGACCAGUGGGACGAAGACAACCGACCGGAGGACGAGCAAAACAGCCCACCCAAAAAGGGACGCAGGGGGCGGCCCCCAAAGUCCACGACGGCCAACCAGGACACGCCCGCCAAAGGGAAGAGGGGGCGAAAGAAAGCAGCACCUCCUCCAGACGACGACGAGGAGGAAGAGGAGGAGGAGAGGCCAGAAGAGGAGGCGGACGAGGAGGAAGACGAAGAUGUGAGCAGUGAAAAUAUGGAGGUGAAAACCAAAGGAGGACGCCAGGCUCGCACGCCGCGACGAUCACAAGGCACCGACUCUGUAUCAGAGUCCACACCACAGAAGAGGAGAGGACGACCACCCAAGUCAGCUCAGACGCCCGCCAAGAAGCCGACGCGUGGAGGACGCUCCAAGUCAGCCGCUAAAGACGACUCUGAGGAAGAAGAGGAGCAAGAGGAAGAAGAGCAGGACGAUGAGCCCACACCAAGGGGUCGUAAGAAAGCUGCCGGGCGAAGAAGAUGAGCCAGCGGGGCGAUGUAGAGCGAUGGAGUGACGUAUGGAAUGAAUUAUGGACAUAGAACUUUUUCAACUUUUCAUACCCAGUUGCUGCCACUGUUACACACACACACACACACUCACACACACAUACACUUGCAUCCACCACGUGCACACUACAUCCUGUGUUGCUGCGCUGUGGCUCGUCGCAUUGUGUCGCGUGGUGUUGUUGUUGGCCACCUUAGCUUAGACAUGGUUUGGAGAGAGCAACGUGUGCUUGUAAAUAGUCUCUUUUUGUGCGUUUCAUGUUCUGUUUUGUCGUGUCGGAUGCUGACUGGAGGGGAGGCUGGCGUUGUUGUUGUUGUUAUUGUUAUUAUUAUUAUUAUUAUUAUUAAAAAACAAACAAACGUUCUCCCAUAAAGCGGCCCCCACCUCCUGAGAUUAACCUGUUUUUUUUGUGAUGUUGUCUCAUUUUAAACAUUGCCUUUUUGUUUACAGCCCUGUACAUUAAUACCUUUUUUACCGUGUAUUAAAAAAUGUACAAACAAAAUAUCCCAGGCCUGUCCACAUGGAGUUUCAUCUGGAUGCAAAUCACCUUUUUUAGGUUUGUUCUCGCUUAACAUGCCCUCAAACAAACAAAAAACCUGCUGAAUUGGUGCUCAUUUAGAAUACAUCAAAGAAAUAAAAAUGAGUAAUUCAAUUGAAUGCAAUAUUUGAUAACAUUUAUGUACAGGGUGUCCCUCAUGGAUAUAAAUAAGAUAAGGCCUAUACUGUAAUAUACAUACAGUAUAUGAGGGGUGUCCAAACGUGUUACACCAAGGGCCACACAAGAAUUAUAGGAUGCCUUUUUGUGUUUAUAAAGCACACCAAGUGGUUAAAUAUACUUGACUACGUACACAAUCCAGUCUAAGACUAUAUGUAUUGUUAUCCAAAAAUGUAAUUAAUAUAGUUUUGAUACAUAAUUCUGUGAAGUAGACUGGAUUACUUAAAGUAGAUGGCUGCUAUGUCGUUCUUUUAUUAUGCUCAUUUUAUUGUGAAGCCCUGAAGAGGAGCUACACACAAUAACCCUCAUAGAAAACUUUCUAGAUCUUCCAGAUUGUGCACCUCUUCCUGCAGUGUUUCCAUGGACUUCCGACCCCCGGCCCUCCUCUCGUACGCCCACUCACGUGUUUACCGAGUACAUGCAAUCUGCAGUCCAUAUAAGGAAGUCCGGGUUGCAUUGACAUCAGCCACCCAAAACAUCUUUCAGGGUUCACUUCAUUAUCUGGACCUUUGGCAUUGUUUAACACGAGAAUACAGCAUUCUAACUACAUUUAUUGGUCAGAAAAAUUGGAAAAGCAUCAUAGGUGUCCUUUAAAGGUUUUUAAUUUGAGAUUGUUGAACGCAUAAAUCAAGGUCAAUGGUUUUUGUUUUUGUCCAUUUUUCAGUGUAGCCCUCAUCAUCCUCCCCAGUGUUUUGAUGCAGGUCAUGUUUAUCUGUUUUAUGUUUAUGUGUGCCUUGUUUUGUUUUUUCAUUUUUAAAAUAGGCCAUCGGCCAACAAAAAACAAGUUGUGGGCCAGAGGUGGUCCUCGGGCUGGACUUUGGACACCACUGAUAUACGUUAAACACAAUAAGAUUUUUUUCUGAAAUAUUUAAAAGUCAAUAAUUUGUUAAAAAAAAGACCAAUAUACAUACUUUGGUCUACUUUAGGGUCCCCCCCUUUAGAAAUAGCUCUAGCAAAUGUUCCUUUGUACACUUGAAAAUGAUCAAUACCGCACAUGAAGAUCCACAAGGGGGCAGAAGAGUAAAGUUUUUUUUCACCCUUUAAUUUCUCCAGGUCGAAAGUUAAUGAUAAUAUUUGUUACAUACACAUGAUUGUUUGUUUCAUUCUU